AUGUUUAUUAGCAACAUGAGUACCGACAUCGAUUCCUCGUCUCGCUGCAGCUCCGAAUCUCCUGCCGGGGACACCCUCGCGUACUACCAGCAGUCGCAGACUGAAGCGCAACCGGACACCACCGCUUCACCGAUGGAGACCACACAGAAAUCUUGCAACGGUAUUGAGACAUCUGCGGCUCCGUUUGUUCCGACUGUGACCGCGAUCUCUACAACCCCAGAUUUGCAGUGGAUGGUACAGCCGACUAUCAUCACGUCCGUCUCGCCGUCUCUGGGCAAAGCAAGAGCCAAUGAAGCGCAGAAUUCUCUCUCGGUAACAUCCAGAACAGGAGGAAGCAAGGGGAAAAGCGCCGCUAGAAAGGGGAAAGUCGAGCAGCUUACUCCCGAGGAGGAGGAGAAGAAGAGGAUAAGGAGAGAGAGAAAUAAGAUGGCUGCAGCCAAGUGUCGCAACCGGCGACGUGAGCUCACAGACACCUUGCAGGCUGAGACAGACAAAUUAGAGGAAGACAAGGCAGCACUGCAGGCAGAGAUAGCCAACCUCCUGAAAGAAAAGGAGAGGCUUGAGUAUAUCCUAGCCACUCACAAACCUUUAUGCCAACUGCCUGAGGAACUAGAUGGCAUGUUCCCAGAAUCUCCUCAGUCUGUUUCCACCCCAGAUGCUCCUGGCAAACUCCAAGAGGACAGUCCACAGGAAGCCCCUUCACUUCAGGACUUGGAGACACCCCUUGUGCCAUCAACAGCCAUUUCAGGGAACUCCAACAUCCUGCUAUGCUCCAGUGCUGAGGUCAGUCUCUGUGACCUUGAGCCUACACUUGAUAUCAAAGAAGAACUUCUAGACAACAUCCUUGCCAAUGGUGAUGAGGACCAGAUCUCAGUAGAAACAGCCCGAUCAGUACCUGAUAUUGACCUCAGUGGGUCCCUGGGCUUCACAGACUGGGAGACCCUCUACAAGUCAGUGACAAAUGACUUGGAACCCCUUACUACCCCUGUGGUGACCACCUCCACCCCUACCUGUAACAGUUACCUGUCUGUGUUCACUUUCGCUUGCCCAGAGCUGGACUCCAUGCCUGAGGGACUGGACGGACGUAAAAGUGGGGUGGGCAAAGCUGAAUCCAGCGUAGACAUCCUCAACUCUCCAACUCUUUUAGCCUUAUAA